AUGUUUAUACCGCCGCUAGGGUUUCGCUUCGUCCCCACAGAAGAUGAAAUCCUCCAUUACCUGAGAAGUAAAGUGAUGAGAGAGAGCUUGCCUGAUGGUGUAAUAUUGGAUAUUAAUCUUUAUGUGAAUGCCCCAUGGGACAUAUUCAGAAAAGAAGAUCAAUGGCGGCAUACGAGUAACAAGGAAUUUGUUAUCUAUUUCUUCACCAAGUUGAAGAAAAUUGGCAAUCAGAAGAGAGCUAUAAGGAGAGCCGGGUGUGGGACUUGGGUUGGAAAAACCAAGCCUGAAGAAAUUUAUAAUAGACAGAAACAACUUAUUGGUAUCAAGAAGAUGUUGACUUUUGAAGUAGAUGUCAAGAACGAGUGUUCGAUCAUGCCAAGAGGGCACUGGAUCAUGCACGAGUAUUCCCUAAGCGGUGUGAGUUUGAAUGGGUUAGAAGAAGAAAGUGAUGGUGAUUAUGUUGUUUGUAAGAUCAAAAGAGAUGAUUCUAAAUAUUUGAGGAGAGCACCAAAGUAUGCACUAUCCAAUAAAGAAAACCCUAAUAGUAAGAAGAAGAUGAUGCGAUAUGAUGAUCAUUGCCAUCAUGAGGCCUCCACAAGUACUACAAUGACUCUAAAGGAUCAUCAUCAUGAGUUGCAGCUUCCAUGGCCGCCAUUUUCAUCAUUACCCAACAAUACAUCUUUUUCCUGUGAUGCAACUACUAUUCCAAUGUCUUCCUCAGAUAAUCAGCCUCUCCUAGCAUAUAAUGAUGAGUGUGCAAGACUGUUUGAUCUGCCCAACAUCACAAUCAACUCUUGUGGUACAAUACGAGGCCUUCAGCAAAUAGACUCAUUUUUUGACAACUUUGAUGCAACUACUACCGCUACGUCGCUGAUGCUACCACAUGAUGAUAUUAUUAGUACAACAAUGAACUCAAACCAAGACUUGUAG